CUCAAUUGUUCUUUAUCCAUUCCUACUUCAAUCCUUUUUCUUUUCUUUUACUGUUUCCCUUGUCCACUCAUUUUUUAGCCUUGUCACACAUGAAGAUCGCUGUAUUAUCCGCUUUAUCCGUCUUGAUUCUCCAAGUGGCCGCCAAACCUGCUCCCGGCUGUUUACAAAACUACACAGUGACGGCCAACGAUUCCUGCGACUCGGUGGCAGCUCAAUUCAAAUUACCAAUUGAUGACUUUUACAAGAUGAAUCCCGGUUUGCAUCACGCCGGUAACCACAUCUGUGAUAAUUUGGAUGACGGCAAGCCUUAUUGUGUUUGCAUGGAGAAACCAUGUGUCUCUUUGGAAGAAGCCAACGCUAAUAAACCACCGGCUCCCGCCACGAAUGGUUCGACGUCCGCCCCAGGCAUCGCCAACAGUGCGGCUGGCAACUCGUCGGCCAGUACCAAUAUUGGCAGCACCGGAUCGCCGGUUGCUGGCGCCGUUUCCAGUUCGCCUGCUGUCAGCUCCGUUUCCCCCUCUGGAGCUGUGACCGGAUCCUCCUCCAAUACCGGGUCAUCCACACCCGCCAACAAGGAAAAUUCCUCGGCAUCGAAACCUUCUCCUUCAACCGCCAAUUCCGCCGCCGAUCAUUUAUCGGUUUCCAUCGCCGCCAUGGCAGCUGGUGCUAUCUUUGCUGCUGCUGUCAUGCUUUAAAUAAUCAGUCACAUCAACAAUGGCUUGGUCAGUAAAAAUCUCCACAGUAACGUAAUCUAUUAUUCGUUCCUCAAAAAAAAAAUCACCCCCCAUAAAGACCCUGUAAAAAACAGAAAAGAAAUGAAAAUACCCGUCUUAUCAGCGUAUCUACAAACAUGCAACUGAACAGUAUACAUAUGUCUAAAACUGUCACGUACGGCAAAAGCUAUUCACCAAUCGUGGGUACAAGUACAGUGUCCUGGCAAAAUUCAAAGUAAUACCGAU